AUUCAUUCAGUCAGUUGAAGUUCGUGACAUAAAGAGAUAACACGUAAGGGGUUAUAGACUGUGCUGUGAGCAAUUGUGAAUACAUAUUAUAAGAACUAUUCGCUAAUUAUGCCUCGCCGAGGACGUUCUGCAAGCCCACCUCCGGCGCCUCAGCGACGGGCUGCGCCGCCUCCAACAAGCCAUGUGCCGGCUCGUGCUCCACCAUCCGCACCAGCCCCGAUGCAGGCUCAGCCCCAGCAGCCGUCAAUGUUCGGCCAGAUGGCAGCGACGGCUGGAGGAGUUGCCGUAGGAUCAGCGGUGGGUCAUGUUGCCGGUAGUGCAUUGACUGGGUUGUUCAGUGGUGGUAGCUCAAGCGAGCCGGCGCCGCAGCAGCAGCAGGCUCAGCCCGCGCAGGCCACGUACCAGCAGUACCAGAACCAGCAGCCGCAGGGACCCUGCGCCUGGGAGAUCAAGCAGUUCAUUGAGUGUGCCCAACAACAACACGAUCUCACGCUGUGCGAGGGCUUCAACGAGGCUCUCCGCCAGUGCAAAGUUAACAACCACCUCUAAAUUCCCCAUAUGUAAGGUGCCAUAAAUCUAUUUUUGUAAUUCCAACAAGAUGAUUUAUUUCCUCCGAAGAUCACUAUCAAAGCUGUACACAAAAUGUACGCACUCAGUUUUCCGGAUCAAAGGCUUCCUUGACAUCAAAACCUUUGUAUUUAACAGUAACAUGAGGCACCUUCCUAGUAGCUAUUAUUUCUGAACUGUCGAAGGGAAUUUGAUUUCUAAUAAUUUUACAGUUUAAGUAUAGUAAAUUUUUAGUGUUCUUUAAUUUUUAAUAAGACAAUUCCUUUUGUGAUGUAGAUUAUUUUUUUAAUCUAUUAUAUUCAAUGUUUUAUUGUUUAUAGGUAGUGCAAUUAAAUUUAAUAUACAGUAAAUAAAAACAAAAACCGAA